AUGAACAUAACUUCGUUUGUCAAAUCAACGGUAUUUCUCCAAAAUGUAACAGCAAUAACUAUGGAAUCAUGGCUUAUUCCGAUGGAUAUCCUCAUGAUUGUCCUCACUACUUUGGUCGUUACAAUAUCUUGUGUUUUUCUAAUUAUUAUUAUUCUCAAUAAAACAUGUCACACAGUUAUAAUGAUGUUAAUUGCCAAUACAUAUUUAGCUGCACUUCUAUUUGGAUGUUGUCUGAUCGGUUCGUCUGUAUUCAUGUUUCAAAAUGAUGUUAAACAAAUUCAAGACCAAGAUCCACUGUGUAAUUUUCGAGGCUAUUUUAUUUAUGUCUCAUGUGGUCUACACAAUUAUUCAUUUCUAUUACAAGCUAUCUAUCGGUAUCUAACAGCAGUUUAUUCGAAUCGUUUAUUUUGGCAAUCACGACGAAUUCAAAUAUUAUUUAUAUGUAUAAAAUGGAUCUUUUGUUUUGUGUAUAUUUUACCUAUUCUAUUUACUAAUGGAUUUACCUAUAAUGUUGACAAUCAAAUAUGUCAAACACCUCUUGGACUUUCAUUUUCAAUAAUUUAUGCAUCAACUUGUGUUUAUGCAUUUCCCAUGUUGUUGAUUGUGUUAAUUUAUUUUACAUUGGUUCGAUAUGUUCAUGGAAUGAGUAAACAUGUGACAGCUGCAAAUACUUUAUCUCGUGCAAAGAGAGAAUUAAAAAUGGUUCGACGCAUACUUAUACUUGUAGGAAUAUUAUUAACAAUUGGUUUUCCAUAUGCACUAUUUGCUGUCAUAUCAUUUUUUACAACUCCACCAACACAUCAUUAUCAAAUAGCGUAUAUAUUUGCUGAGACAUCAUUAGUAUGUGUACUGAUUACUUCAUUUUAUUUUACAAAUCCACUUAAAACAUCUAUAAUAAAAAUAAUAAAUAGACAAACCAAUAGAGUUAUACAAGCUGUUAUAUAA